GCUCCCUCUGGAAGCACUUCCCAGUGCUCUGCUGCCACAGCUGAGCGACGGAGAAACCAAUGAAUCAGAAGACGGAAACGAUCGCGAAAUAGUUUUCUGUGUCGUUGCUUAUCAUUCACUGUAGUCGGCCCUUUUUUUUAUUGGAGUGAAAUCCCACAGUCAGUCCCGGGCGGGUUUUCAGUGACAGACGGAGGGAAGAGCUUCCUGAUGGUAAAGAGGUGCGUCUUAUUUCCAUUCCAGUGAUUGACUGCGCACGGCUUUCACCACCGGAGCUGAGGGCAUUGACGCAUUGUGGAGUCGACAGGGGGUAGCACUGCAACCCCGGCUUCGCUACACAACGGAGGCAUCUAUCUAAGCGCGAUGGCCGUGGUGCAGCUCGACACGGAGGAUCAUCAACCGGAGAACGGCUUCGUGUCCCCCGAAACUACGUCGCCGGGUCUGCUGACACGCAUCGACGAGUCUGUUCUGCCAUUUCUCGGGGGAUUUGGGAAGUACCAGAAACAGCUGAUCGUGCUGACAUGGAUUCCGGCGUUAUUUAUUGGAUUCAGCCAGUACUCUGAUAUUUUCCUCCUCGCCCAGCCAAACAACACAUGUGUUGAGCCUUUGGCAAACCUGACUAAUCAGACUGCAGAUCUUUUCUCGCUGACGGACAGUCCAAACAAUAUCAGCGCGCGGCAGGCUUAUAUUUAUACCAUGGGAAGUUACAGCGCCUACAAUGACACCAACAACAUGCAGUGUAGGUGCAAUGAGUGGAGCUUCGAGCUGCACACGGGGCUAGUGCAGAAUGUGGUUACCAAGUGGAGUCUGGUGUGUGACUCAGCAUGGAAAGUCCACAUUGCAAAGUUUUCUCUUUUGGUUGGAUCCAUCUUUGGAUACCUGGUGUUUGGGAUCCUUGCUGACUGGUUUGGUCGUCACCCAGUGCUGAUCAUAUCGGUGCUGUUCAUGCUGGUGUUUGGUCUGACUGUGGCCUUCUCUGUCAACGUCCCCAUGUUCAGCACCCUGCGCUUCUUUGAGGGUUUUUGCCUCGCAGGGAUCAUCCUUUCUCUCUAUGUCCUCAGGAUUGAGCUGUGCCUGCCAGGAUGGCGUUUUUCCAUGACAAUGGUGGCCAGUUUUGUGGUGUUGGGUGGUCAGCUGCUGAUGCCAGGGGUGGCCUAUCUGUGUCGUGACUGGCAGGUACUCCAGGCUGUUAUCAUCUGCCCUCUCCUGCUGAUGCUGUCCUACAUCUGGAUCUUCCCUGAGUCACUGCGUUGGCUGCUGGCCACUCAGCAGUACUGCCGCUCCAAGUGGAUCAUGGAACGCAUAGCGAAGAAAAACGGAGCGAACAUGGAGCUUGACGCCGAUAAUAUCCUCACAGAACUGCAGAGAGCUCUUCAGAAGAAGCCCAAAAAGACGUGCAUUGUGAAAAUGGUGGGGACCAGGAACCUGUGGAAGAAUAUCGUUGUGCUCUGUGUCAACUCGCUGACAGGAUAUGGGAUCCACCACUGCUUUGCCCGCAGCAUGAUGGACCCUGAGGCUCAGGAUACGACCAUGUUCCAUAACUUCUAUGCGGACUAUUACACCAUGGCGGGCAUCGCGGUGGCGUCCUGCAUGGCGCUCUGCCCAGCGGUGGGCCUGAUGGGCAGGCGCGGUGGUCUUCUCAUGUUUAUGAUCAUCACUGCCCUGGCAUCGCUGCUGCAGCUGGGCCUGCUCAAUUUGCUGGGGAAGUACAGCGGCCAUCUGAAUAUAGAUAGCUCAGGUACACUGAAUAAGAACUUCUCCAUUGCCUUCUCCAUCAUCGGCAUGUUUUCCUCCCACGCUGUCAGCAACUUGAGCAUCUUCUUCUGUGCUGAGAUCACACCCACUGUGAUCAGAGGUGGUGGUCUGGGCCUGGUCCUAGCCAGCGCCGGUUUCGGCAUGCUGACUGCCCCCAUCAUGGAGCUCCACAAUCAGAAGGGCUAUUUCCUUCACCACAUUAUUUUUGCCUGCUGCACUCUCAUCUGCAUCAUCUGCAUUCUCCUGCUGCCCGAGACGCGCUACCAGCCCCUCCCUGAGACCCUCGCUGAUGGCGAGAACUACACUCGUCAACCUCUCCUUCCCCCAAGGAAACCUGGAGAACAGCGCCUCUUGCUGGCCCAGUCUGAGAGCAGCAGGGACUACACCAGGGUGCAUGACACGCCACUCCACGAAGCAGCCACCACCGUGGUGUCCACCAUGGAUUCCACUGCAUCCUCGGCUGUUGAUUUUACUGCUCCAUCAGUUGGCGAUAUGUCUGUUCCCGCAUUAAUGGAGGUGCACCCCGACAAGCCGGAGCCUAGAGACCCUAAUGGUCACUCAGUUGCACUGGGUAAAGAUGGUAUCAUACAUGCCAGUAAAGAGCACCUGUUGUCUUCCACUCCAUUGCACAAAGUCCCAUGCAUCACAGACCCACUUUUGGCUGAUGCUGAAGAACCUCCAGCAAUAGUCGUAGAUUCUACUGAGCCACUGACGGAUUCUGCUGUUCCUGAAAUGAAUGACAUCGGUCCUUCCCCUACAAAAGAGUCAGCUGCUUGCCCUGCCUCUCCAGGGGACUCUUCUACUCCCCCUAUCCCUCAAUCUGUGCCUGGCUCCUUAUUGAUCUGCACCAAGCCCAUCAUUGAACCCCCGCCUAGCACCACAUUAGAAUCCCCUGACCCGCUGGCUAAUGAGAUCGAAAGCAUUACAUUGAAAUUCAACCCACCUUUGCUAGAGGACAAUCAUGCCACGUUAGCAGACUCCCCAGCUCCAUCUAUGCAUGACAGUCUGCCUCCAUCCCCUACUCCCUCUCCUGUUCCGAUGACUCCUUCCACUAGAGACUCCCCCAAACCUCCUGUCAUAGACUCUCAACUACCACAGUUAGACUCUACCUCUCCAUGUGUUAAUGAUAUAUCUCCUCAUUCCCCUGCUCCUUCUAGUCCAGUCACUGUUUUCCCCUCACCCAGUCCACUUCCACUCUCUGACUCAGGCCAUUUGCCCUCAGCAGAGUGUUUGACUCCUUCUCACAUAGAUUCUGUCAGUACCACUACACCGAUUCCGACCAUUCUACCCAUCACAGAAAUUGUGCACACCUCUACUCCAGAAUCAGCCACUCAGACUGUCACUGACAUUGUUCAGCCCAGACAGGAUUUGGCUGCCUCUCUUGCCGUAGAUUCAGUACCAACAUCCAUCACGGAUUCAGGCCCUACAGAAGAAACGCCCCUCUCUCUAUUGGACUGCACCGUCUCCUCCCCCAUAGACUCCGGUGUCCUUUCCAUCAGGGACAGUGCAAGCACAGAAAACAACACCGUGAAUGGCGUGGCGUCAUCAUGAUCCAGUGUCACAGCCAGGAGACAAAGCUUUACGGUUGCCGAGGAAGCAGCCCACACCACAUGAAUAUCAAGAAGGGUGCACAAACUGUUCUGCUCCGACUUCAGGCACUCAAUGAAGACUGUCCCCACCUGGAGUUGAGCAGACAUGUCCCUUCCUGCAUUUAAACCAAUAAAUGAGACCACGCAAGUGAGAGAGUGCCAGAGGCUGGUUUGUGACAAUGUGACAAUAUCUUCUGCUCUUUUUGAAUGUCACUGGAAAUCACCAGCCUAUAAACUACUUUGAUGUAAAUGAAUGGGAAAUCACUGUCUGUUAUUUUAAGGAGACUUACAGCUAUACCCACAAUCACUGAGCGGACUGGUGGAAAAAAAAAAUGCAAUGAAUGAAACAAGCAAGCAUACAAACAAAAAAAAAAUCAAAUCACUGGUACUUUUGCUCAAAUGAAGUGUCUGUCUAACAUGUUUGUAUAAAAAUACCGCCUUACUUGUAUGGACAGAAAAAAAAAGAAAAAUCUGAAUGUUACAAAGUAGUAUUGUUUUUUUUGCCAUUACAAAGGUAAACAAUCCAAAUUGGAGGGAUUUUUCUAAAUACACGCCAAAAACUACUCUAACCAAAAUCAAAUGUAGACAUAGUGCCAAAAAAGUAUAAAUGCAGUAUUUGCCUGUUUUGGGAAAUACUGUUUAGUGCAGUCACCUGCCAUAGACUGUAUGUAGAUUUAAGUGAAUCAGAUGAACCCCACUCCAAAGUUCAGAUUUAUAAAGGAAGAAUUAAAUUAGAAAGUUAAUGAAAGACUUUUCACCAUUUGAUAAAUUAAAAUUAAGAGACAAGAUUGAGACUGCUAAAUUGCAAAGAUUAGACCCAUGUUUUGUCGGUCUGAAGAAAACGUUAUUUUUCCAAUUGUUUUAGUCAAUGAAAUUGACGGUAUGCAAAUGCUUUUAUUUAUAAAAGUGAUAUUGUACCUAAAUGCAUAAUUAGUUGUUGAGCUUGAUUCAGUUUUUUUAAGUAUUAAUUUGGAUAAUCUUCCAUGGCCUGCCCUUAUUGUACAAACCUAUACUUAAUUCUUACAGUAUUUGUGGCACCUCAGUGUGGUGGCAACUUAUUCUGUGCAGUGGGGACAAAGCAUGAAAAUAAUUGUGAAUGUGUCAGUAAAACAAACUAGCAAACCUUAAAGAAGACACAAAAGCUAUUUUUGAAAUGAAACCAAUGGAUGACAAAACGAUCGAUGUGAUUGCCAGUUUUCACAGCAUUGCUAACACUGAAUUGUGUUUUCCAAAACUUGUUUUGGCAUUGACAUAGUUUCUGUAUGUCACUGUGUUCAUGUGUUCACAUACACAACUGCGUUAACCUAAAAAGAUGAAAUAUUUACUUGUCAAAUUGACAUUUUAAAAUACAGGUGAGAUCCUUAAUUCUAGAUAGAUGAACCUGUUCAUACUGUUGAAUUGACAGACUGUCUGUGGACAGCGUUGUGCUUGACUUAACACUGUAUGUAACCGAACAGUUGUAGUUACACGCUCCAUGCACAGGAGGUUGUCAGAGAAAGAUGUACGAUUAUGGCUAGACCACUGUUUACAGCAACAACAAUAAUGAUGAAUAAUAAUUACAUGUUACUGUAAUACUUAAGAGCCAAUUAAAUGAUGUCGUGUCAUUUCAAAUGUGAUAAAACUCUCUCGCACUCGUCAUGAUCCAGGAAGUAUUUGUGGUCUAUUAAUGUGUCAUUCAGGGGUCAAAGGCAGAACCAGACUUGACAGAAGACUUUCUGUUAUUCACAAUUGAUUCUUCACUUAUGAAGGUCCUCACAGGUACUAAAUUUUCUUUUGCUUUUAUCCAAGACAAGGUUACAUAUCUUUUGCUAUGUGAAUGAUGGACAAAACCUGCCUGCGGUUGUUUUCCUCAAAUACAGCUUCAGUCAAAGUGAGACUGAAAGCUCUGCUUUUUGAUUGAGUCAGGAUGUUGAUCUUCUAAUAGGUCAUCAAAUCAACAAACUUCCAUUUAGAGAAAGAUUCAUGUGAAGAUUUAAUGUCGAACAUACGUAUGCCAUGCUGCUAAGCCUCAAAGCACAAUGCCCUGCAAUCAUGUGAUGUCAAUUUUUUUUGGUCUUUUGACAGUAAGAAAAAAAAAGGGAAAAUUGAGUGGGAUUUUGAAUACAAUAAACAAACACACAUUAACUGCAAUAUCCCCACAUGUGAUCUACUUUGUGAGAGGGUGUUGACACUGGAUUUUAUAAGGAAUUUAUGGCAUCUACAGUAGAGAGUGGGUUGCAGUGGUCAGUAUCUUCACAUUACUCUGAGUACUCAUUGUCUGUGAGUGUUGGUCUCUGUCUCGAUGUGUGUGAAUUUUAUUGUGUAUCGCCAAAGCCCCAUGCAACCACCUGUGUAAGGUCAGUAACACAGCACAAUACGUCCAGUGUCUUCUCUGAGAUCUGUUGCUUCCAUUUUCACAACACCCAUGCAGCUAUUUCAUGGUGCUGAUUGGAGCGAAAAUACCUGUAAGCAUUUGGUUUGACUUUAUUUGAAGUAAAAUUAAAGAAAAAAAAAAAAUCAGUGAAAGCAAUCUAAUGUAAUGCUAGCACCAGCGAUAGCAGAGACUAGAGGGCAGUGGAAGAGCAAAAAAAAAAAAUAUAUAUAUAAAUAAAUAAAAACAAAUAAAAAAAGAUUGGAAAUAUGCCUUUGUAAAUAGUAAAUGUGUAGUGGCACCCAGCUUCGAUAAAUGAAGGAUCAUAGAUCAUGAAGCGGACUGGUGAAUAGUUCUCAAUUUGAUAGACAAAAGUCUCAGAGACAUGAAGUUCCCCAUGUACACAUUUCAGGUUUUGCUUCUCUUAGCUGUGCAACUCAGAAUCCCUUGACGGGAGAUUUGAAUGAAUGUAAAAAUCAUGGAUUGUACCAUUUAUAAUUUCUGAUUGUUUGGUUUCAUUUUUGUUUUUGUUUAACAGACAUAAUGCACUUGUACAUAAGCCAUACCUGUUGUUAAAAUAAACCACUAUUUAUUGAUCAA